CGCGCACAUCUAGCGCACGAAUCCAUCAGUGAGCGCGCAACAGGUCUCAAUCAGGGGAAAAACUCAGAACAGCACAAGGAUUUCUGUUCCUUUAAGGAUUUUAAAAACCUAUCUUAAAGUGCACAACUGUGUCGUAUAAUCGUGAUGAGGAGUUAACGAGUCUGACUUUUGGUUUCAUGCCGGGACGGUCCUGCGUUACUGUCGGGCGAUGGCAAAGACAUCUUAUGUGCUUUCUCUCGUCGACAUCCUCUUAACCAUCAACUUGGUUAUAGCGAUAGAGCUCAGGUUUGUGCCGGAUCCUCCAACCUUAAACAUCACUGAGAAAACUCUCAAAAUCAAUGCUUCAAAUACACUGGAGAUCACGUGCAGGGGGCGGCAGAUCCUGGAGUGGUCUACACCUCACAACCGAAGCCGUUCUGAAACCCGGCUCACCACAUCAGACUGUAGCGGUGAUGGACUAUUCUGUAGCACUUUAACGCUCUCCAAAGCAGUAGCCGAUGAGACGGGAGAGUACCGCUGCUUCUAUAAAAGCCUGCCUAUCGAAGAUGGGAAGACUUCUAUAGCUGUGUAUGUCUUCAUAGAAGAUUAUCGGACGCCGUUUGUCCGAAUGGCUCAAGAUUAUGAUGUGGUGUUCAUUCGGGAGGGAGAACAGGUGGUCAUUCCCUGUCUGGUAUCUGUGGAGAACCUAAAUGUCACACUGUAUACAAAGUAUCCAGUAAAAGAACUGACCACUGAUGGGAAAGAGGUCAUCUGGGAUAGCAAGAAGGGUUUUAUCCUGCCUAGUCAUGUGGUCAGCUAUGCAGGCGUGGUCUACUGCCAAACCAUUAUUCGAAACGAGACCUAUCAGUCCUCACCUUACAUUGUGGCUGUUGUAGGAUACAAGAUCCAUGACCUCACCCUGAGUCCAGCUCAUGAGAGGCUGACGGUAGGGGAGAGGCUAAUGUUGAACUGCACCGCUCACACCGAACUCAAUGUGGGAAUCGACUUUCAGUGGACCUUCCCACAUGAGAAGAGAAGUGUCAACAGCUCAAUGCCAAGGUCACGCUAUGAGACCAGGUCCUACAAGAAGAAGCUGUGGAACUCCUUAGAACUGUCCAAUACGCUCAUUGUAGAGAAUGUGACCAUAAAUGACACAGGAGAGUAUAUAUGUGCAGCCUCUAGUGGUCAGAUGCACAAGAUUGCCCGAGCAUCCCUCGUCGUCUAUGAGAAACCAUUUAUAGCGCUCAAUGAUCAGUUGUCGCAGACUGUGGAUGUAAAUGCUGGCCAGGAAGAGGCAAAAAUCCUUGUCAAAUAUUAUGCCUAUCCAGAGCCUUCUGUCAAGUGGUAUAAGAAUGAUCAGCUGAUAGUGUGGAAGGAUGAGUACAGGAUGAAGCCUAACAGAGGAUCUCUCACUAUAUAUGGUGUCACAGAGAAGGAUGCUGGGAAUUAUACUGUUGUCAUGACAAAUAAGAUUACCAAGGAGGAGCAGAAAAGAACAUUUCAACUAUUGGUUCAUGUUCACCCUAAGAUCUUUGAGAAGGAAGUGCCGUUGGAUCGUGAUGUCCAUAUGUACGGCAGUAGUCCUACACUCAGAUGCACUGCUAGCGGAGGAUCCAGCCCUGUCACAAUAAAAUGGCAGUGGAUGCCCAGAGAGGACUGCCCAAUCAGAUUUCUACCAAAGUCAGACCAGAGUGUGGUGAACUGUGACAAGUGGAGGGAGAUAUCAAAUAACACAGGGAAGAAUCCCAUCAUCAGCCCCACAUCUGUCAUUGAACGCUCUCUUAAGACCAUCAGCUCAUUGAAGAUCCAGAAAGCAGUUGAUCAUGCCCUCUACAGGUGCCUUGCCGCCAAUAAGAUGGGAGAAGAAGAGCGAGUCAUUGUAUUUCAAGUAACUCGUUUCCUCAACCUAAGCGUGCUCCCCUCCAGCAGCCCUAUUGAGGGAGAGGAUGUGCUAAUGCGCUGUGUUGCCGACCGACUGCUGUACUCUAACUUACGUUGGUAUCGGGUAACAAACUUAGCCAACCCCGAUGCCCCUCCAGCGGCCGUGCCCUGUGAUACCCUCACCCUUUCACCUUUCCACCAGCCCAAUGUCACCAUUUCAGGCCUGCAGGGCACUAAUGCAACACUGGACCUGCCCAUACCCAAUGCCACUUUGAUGGACCAAGGCCUGUAUGCUUGCCAAGUGGAAAACGUGGGCACCAGUGAGAGAACCUGCUUACUUCACAACCUCAAGCUCAGAGCUCUUGAGAUGUCAAGAAUUGUGACCAAUCUGACUAACCAGAGAGUGAAUGUGAGUGACUCUACCACUCUAGAGUGUGAGGUGACCGGCACACCAACCCCUACUGUAGUUUGGACUAAAGACAACCAGACCGUCAUGGAGGGAUCAGGUGUGAUUCUGAAAAGGUCAAAUCGUGUCUUGACCAUCCAACGGGUGAAAAAAGAGGACAGUGGUCUUUACAUAUGUACAGCCUGUAACCAGCAGGGCUGUGACUAUGACGAGGCUCAUAUCACUGUGGAUGGUGCAGAGGAAAAGAUGAACGUGGAAUUGAUCAUGCCUAUUGGUGCCGUUGUCAUCGCCAUGUUCCUCUGGCUCCUCAUCGUCUUUGUCAUCCGCAACAGGAAGCGGCCUAAUGAUGGAGAUCUGAAAACUGGCUACCUGUCAAUCAUUCUGGACGAUGAUUUGCCAAUGGAUGAGCACUGUGAGAGACUGACCUAUGAUGCAAUCAAGUGGGAAUUCCCACGUGAUAGACUGAAGCUAGGAGAGCCGCUGGGCAGAGGGGCAUUUGGUCAAGUUGUGGAGGCGAUCGCAUAUGGUAUUGAGAAGGCCACCACCUGUACUACAGUAGCAGUGAAGAUGCUCAAGGAGGGCGCUACUUCCAGCGAGUACCGCGCUCUGAUGUCUGAGCUGAAGAUCCUCAUCCAUAUUGGUCACCAUCUCAAUGUGGUCAACCUUCUAGGAGCCUGCACUAAACAAGGGGGGCCCUUGAUGGUGAUUGUAGAAUACUGUAAAAACGGAAACCUCUCCAGCUAUUUAAAAAGCAAACGAGGAGAGUACAGUCCCUACAAGAAGCGGAUGCCACGGAUGCCGUGCAGGAGGGAGGUAGAGCCGGAAGAGGAUUUACAUGAGGGAGAUCUGGGUCUGGGAACCAGCACUCGACUGGACAUCUGCACGGGCACCGCAGUGUGCUCCAAGAUGGGAGAACAGACCUCCACGACCCAGCUGCAGGAUGAACAAGAGAGUUCAGACUGGGAUCACCUGACAAUGGAGGAUAUCAUCAGCUAUAGCUUUCAGGUGGCCAAAGGCAUGGAGUUCCUAGCCUCUCGAAAGUGUAUCCACCGGGACUUGGCAGCCAGAAACAUCCUACUUUCUGAGAACAACGUGGUGAAGAUAUGUGACUUUGGGCUGGCCAGAGACGUCUAUAAAGACCCCGAUUACGUCCGUAAAGGAGAUGCUCGUCUUCCUCUCAAGUGGAUGGCUCCUGAAACCAUUUUUGACCGUGUGUACACCACGCAGAGUGAUGUUUGGUCUUUUGGCGUGUUGCUCUGGGAGAUCUUCUCACUUGGUGCAUCUCCAUACCCAGGUGUGUGCAUUGAUGAGUCUUUCUGUAGGCGACUAAAGGAGGGAACCAGAAUGAGAGCUCCAGAUUACGCCACACCUGAGAUAUACCAGACCAUGCUGGACUGUUGGCUUGAUCGACCUAAAGACAGACCAACCUUUACUCAGUUAGUUGAGCAUCUGGGUAAUCUGUUACAGGCUAGCGCUCAACAGGAUGGAAAGGACUACAUCCCACUGACAAAUGGAGAGAUGGAAGAAGAAUCAUCUAAACGAACACGCUAUGCAGGCAGCACAGAGGCGCAGCUCCACUAUGACAAUGCUCCAGCUCUGGGGUUCCCACAUCAGAUGGACAGUUGUGGUGUGCCAAUAAGUAUGAUGACUUUUGUGGACAUUCCCCUGGAGCACACUGCUGUAAUGAAUGGUCACAUGGACUGUGGAGUGGGCUUAUCACGUGAGCAGAUGAAAGCUUUGGAAAGGCAGGUGCAAAGACCACCCAAUUUCAGCCCACUACUGCGGUGCAAGAGUAAGGAGUCUUUAGCUUCUGAAUCGUCCAAUCAGACCAGUGGUUAUCAGUCUGGUUACCACUCUGAUGAUGCCGAAGCCCCGAUAUACGCCAACGAAGAGAUGAUCCUGAAGAGAGACAUUCGGAAGAAACCUCCACUGCCCAAGAGAAACGACAAGUUCAGUGCAGAGGUCCGUUAUAGUGCACCUCCAGUUUAACAUCUAUAAAGCUUCAAACAGUCUUCCUUAUUAUGUUAUUCAAAAGUUCAGCCAAGAAUGAAAAUUCAGACAUAAUUUUCUCACCCUCAUAAGAAUUUCUUUCUUUAGUUAUUUAUAACAGAAUGUGCAAGCUGCACUUUUCCAUAAAAUGAAAUGAAUGGUGACCACUACAAAAUAUUCAUGAAGUAACAACUUAAAGGGAAGGUUCACCCAAAAAUGUCAAUUCUGUCAUUAAUUACUCAACCUCAUGUUGUUCCAAACCCAAAAAGACUUUUGUUCAUCUUCGGAACAAAAAGAUCUUUUUGAUGAAAUCUGAGAGCUUUCUGUUCCUCCGUUGACAGUCCACGCAACUACCACUUUGACGCUUUAAAAAGUUCACAAAGAGAUUGUAAAACUAAUCUAUAUGAAUCAAGUUUAGUCCAAAUGUUCUGAAGAGACACGAUCAUUUUAUAUGAUGAACAGAUUUAACUUAGGUUUUUAUUCACAUACAAACAUUGAUCAGCGAACACAAACAGAAGCUCAACCGAACCUGCUUGAUGCGCAAGAACAAGCCUCAUUGGUUCUUGCGGAAGCUCAAACAUGCUGUGUAACACUUGAGAAUGAACUCAUUGGUGCUCACACAUCAAGUGAACAUGCUUGAGCUUCCGUUUACCACAACUGAUGUGUGCGUGGAUGAAUGUUUAUAUGUGAAUAAAAGCCUAAAUUCAAUCUGUUCAUCAUAUAAAGCAAUUGUGUCUCUUCAGAAAAUUUGGACUAAACCUCUCAAUUCCUGUGGAUUACUUUUACGAUCUCUUUAUGAAUUUUUUAAAGCGUCAAAGUUGUAGUUGCGUAGCUGCCAAUAGAGGGUAA